AUGGCCUCGUUUCUGCUCAUAUGGCUGGCAGCCUUACAGCUUCUCUUCUCUUCGUCAGUACACGCUUUGGGAAAGACCGAUACAAUUACUUGGGGAGGUGGUAAUUCGAGGACGGGCUAUGAGACGAAUCACAACAUGGACCCGGCCAUAGUCGGCAGUGCCGACUUUGGUCGCAUCUGGACUGCGAGUCUGCCGGGCAACUUCAAUGGAUUAGGACGAGAACAGAUCUUCGCUUCUCCUCUGGUAUACACGAUUGGUUCCACGCAAUAUGUCUUCAUCGCCACGACCCAGAACAACAUCUACAAGUUGAACGCGAAGACCGGAGAAAUCGUUGCUCGACGCAAUCUCCAUGUGCCCUUCCUGACCGCAGAGCUAGAUGGCUGCGUAGACAUUAAUCCCACUAUCGGAGUUACUGGCACUGGUGUCAUUGAUCCCGAUACCGGCUUGUGGUAUUUCACUGCCAAAACAUAUGCAGAUCAAUUUCAAGAUGGCAACUUCAGCCCAACCAAUCGACCUGGACGACGCAAUGGGCGAUAUUAUUUUCAUGCGAUCAAUACAGCGGAUCUAUCUGAAGCUACAGGGUUUCCCACACUGAUCGAUGGCACCAUCUUUCGUAACAACGAGCGCCGUAUGUUCUUGGGUGGAGAUACCCAUCAACGUCCAGGUCUUCUUCAAGUUGGAGAUUAUAUCUACACCGGUUGGGCUUCACACUGUGUGCAGUACAACUUCACGGGAGCUGUGAUUGGCUUCCACCGGACCACAGGCAAAGUUGUGGAAGCGUUUGCGACACAGGGCGGGCCGGAACCGAUUACAGUCGAAGGUGGAGGUGUCUGGAUGAGUGGUGGCGGGCUCGCCUAUGAUGGAGCUGGAAGCAUGUACUUCUCAACUGGAAAUGGCUAUGCCGGACAGCUCCCCGAGAACGGUAGACCCGUGCAAGGGCGGAAUCCUCCGUCUGCGCUCGAGGAAGCUGUCGUCAAUCUUCGUGUGGGCGAUGAUGGCUCGUUGAAACCAGUCGACUUCUUCAUGCCCUGGGAGAAGGUGCAGCUAGAUGGCGCCGACAAGGAUCUGGGUACUACCCCAUUCCAGCUAUUGCCGCAAGACACUUUCUCUUGUCCAAACGACCGCAGGAUCGGGAUGGUGACAGGAAAGUCUGGAAAAUCUUAUUGGUUGAAUCUCGAUAAUCUUGGUGGCUAUCAAAUGGGCCCGGAUCGACUAGAUGAUGCUAUUCAGGUCACUCAGAACGAGAACUCGGUAUUCGCGGGUGCCGGCGUAUUGCCUCUCGGCGGUGGCUAUGUCUACGUGACGAUUACAGGUUACCAGACCAAAGUCUUCAAGUUCAGCUGCAAUUCAGCAGGGCGGGGUGUAUUCACGCACGUUUCUGCCACCCCGGAGAACAACGCAGGCAUUCUUGGGACAGGACACGGUACCGUCACUACGCUUGACGGACGUGAAGGAUCAGGGCUGCUGUGGACGACCGAUCGAGAAGGGCAAAACUUGCGGAUCUACGAGGCCAUGCCGCCUGCUGAAGGAGGCGAUCUCAAGUUGAUCAAAGCCUUCAAUUUUCCCGAUGUCACGAAGUUCGCCAAAAUGUCCUUUGGAGAUGGGAUCGCCUAUAUCCCUACCACAAACGGUGUGCUCCAUGCAUAUGGCUCACCAGUGACCUUGCCAUUAAAUUGCUCUUCGCCAUAUGACUUUCCGCGAACGCCGAUUGGGAACACUUCAACUGCGCUGAAAGUUUCCUGCAAAGCGAAUAUCAAGACAAGCUUGAGUCAAUUGAGCAUCUCUGGCAACCCAAAUUUCCGUAUCGAUGGCCUGCCAACUACGCCGCUCUCACUCAAUACUGGCGAUACAUUCUCUUUCAAUGCGUUUUUUGCGCCCAAGACAGUUGGACUUCUGUCCAGCGAUGUACUCGCGAACACGAGCAAUGCUGUUGCUGGCUUCUCCACCAGCACGCCGAUCACGCUUCGUGGAAAUGCAACGUCAGCAACACCACUGCUAGCUAUAUCGCCUGGAACAGUCAGCUUUACCAGCAUGGUAGGAUCCGGACCAAGUUCCAACUCGGCCUUCUUUCGGAAUAACGGCGACAGUUUGCUGACCUUCAAGAACGUAAGCUAUUCGAUCAAAUCUGAGAGCGGUCCCUGGAUCUCACCAAAUGUCACACGUGAUGGCAAAGCACAAGUCGGGCCUUUCACUUUCAGCAACGUUCCGACAACUAUUGCAGCGAACGGGCAGGUAGUAGUGGGCAUCACGUACAACGCUACCCAGGCCGGCAAUCAUGCUGUUUACAUCAAAGCAUUCUCCGAUGGUGGAGACAAAAUUCUGGAUGUCUUUGGCACUGCUGGCAGUGCGCCUGUGGCAGUCGUGGAGUUUCAGUCUCCAACCAACUCGACAUGGAUGCCGUACACACCUGGUCAGAACUUUUCUUUUGGCGAAGUGCUCCAAGGCACGACCCGUAACUUGGUCCUUCGCAUUACCAACAACGGCUCAGACACAGCUUCUCCAUUGGGUUUGACAAUAUCCAAGCCACCCUUUGGUGUCCCAGGCAUUGUGGGUGCGGCGAAUAACAUUGAUCUGGCCGAGGGCACAAAUAUCCCAGCAGGUCAGAGCAGGAACGCCACUCUCUUCUGUGCUGUCCCGGAGUCGCAGGUGAACGUUCCAAAUUUCAAGGGAUCUGCCAAAUGGACUUUCAACACGAACACUGAUGGCGGUAAAUUUGAGCUGCACUUCGACUGCACUGCCGUAUCGCAGCAGCUAGGUCCGAAACUCGCCAAUGGAACUUCACAGUUCGGAUAUGUAGGUUGCUUCCGCGACUUGAACCCAAAUAGGCAACUUGCGACGAUGCCUUAUGGCGGCGCCCAAAAUACCAAUGGACAGUGCAUGGAGCUUUGCGCAGCAGGGGACUGGAAAUUUGCUGGCACGUCGUACAGAGAAGAAUGCUGGUGUGGAAACGCACUCCCGCUCACGAAGGAUGGCAACGAUGAUUGCAACUUUCGCUGUUCAGGAGCAGGGAACCAGACAUGUGGUGGAGAUGGGGUCUUCCAUGAUAAGAGCAUGCUGUCCCUUUUUGCUGACAAGCAGAAGUUCGACGGCAACACUACUACCACACCCUUGACUAUUCCGCAGAGGUCUGGUGAAUACACGUACGCAGGCUGCUAUAGGGAGACCACUGGCAAGACCUUCGAUCAGAAGAUGACAAACUCCAAGACGUUGACCGUAGACUCGUGCAGGAAAUUUUGCGAGGGGUCCACGUUGUUCGGCGUGCAAUGGAGCGAAGAGUGCUUCUGUGGCAGCACCAUUGCUGCAUCAGCGUCGCUUACCAGCGACACGGACUGCAACAUGUCCUGCAAAGGUGACAACAGUCAGUAUUGCGGAGCCGGAAGCCGCAUGCAGGUGUAUCGACUUGGUGGUACCUUGUCUUCAACGUCCACGAUGUCCACGACAUCUACGACCCCGACUUGCACCCCAACAACUAUACCGAACACUCCUGCGCCGACCGGGAUCAAAUGUCCUGACUCAAAUGGUACGACGGUAGCAUCAUUCGGACAAAAUUUUGUCAUCGAAUGCGGCAUUGACCAUACCGGAGGCGAUUUGGCAUCAACUCAAGUGAACUCCUUCGCAGAAUGCGUUGAUGCUUGCUCGAGGAAUGCAAAGUGUGUAGAUGUUAGCUUGUCUGGCGUGGCAUGCUACCUGAAGUCUGCACUCGGUCCUCCAGUACAGAAUGCUGGAGUCUUGGGCGCGAGACUACUUCCACCAGUUCAGGAUUGCCCCGGGAGCAGAACAACAACGACGACAUCGCGAAGCAGCAGUAGCACAAGUAGCCGAACUGCGACCAGUACAACGAGCUCGUCGAUUGGUAAAUCGAGCUCGUCAACCGGUACACUGAGCUCGACGACCGGUACACUGAGCUCAUCGACUAGUGGUACACUUAGCUCAUCGACUGCCACACCGAGCUCGACCACGUUGAGGAGCACGACUUCUUCAACAACGACAUCUUCACUUCCGACUGCUACUGCUGUAGCAUGUCCAGAGAACAACAGCACAAUGUACAUAUCGAACGGCCGUGCGUUCCUCGUGGAAUGUGGAAUUGACUAUAUGGGCGGAGACAUGGGCAGCGUAGGUGCGAAUAACCUUACUGCUUGUAUUGACGCUUGUGCCGCAAGCCCUGGUUGCAUCAAUAUUGCACUGUCCGGUGCGGCUUGUUACAUGAAGAACAAGAUCAACCAACCUGUCUACAAUGGAGUCGCUGGAGCGAGAUUCAUCAGCACACAGUCGUCGACAACGACUUCUACGACCUCUACGACUUCUACGCCUAGGAGCAGCAGCAGCAGCACGACUACAUCUUUGAGUUCAUUUCAGACAACAGCGAGCAUGACAACAACAGCAAGGUUGGUGACAACCACAUCGCGACCAGCUACAUCUUCGCUUACCACCAGUCGUAGCACUUCCUCCUCGACGACAACGACGCGGCCAUCUUCGACGAGUGCAUCUUCAGGAACAACGACGACAAGGUUGGUGACGACCACAGCGCGGUCAACUACAUCUUCGCUCACUAGCAGACGUAGCACUUCCUCGUCUAUGCCUCCCGCGGCCCCAACCACAAUUGAAGACUACAAAUACAUGGGCUGCUACACCGAAGUUGGCGGACGUGCUCUGAAGCAGGGCACAACUACAAACGCAAACAUGACCAACGAACUUUGUCAAAAGACCUGUCAAGGCUAUCAAUACUUCGCCACCGAAUAUGCCAACGAAUGCUUCUGCGGUCGAAACCUCCACACCGACUCCCGUCCAGCAACAGACAAUCGCUGCAACAUGAAAUGCGCCGGAGACAGUUCCCAAAUCUGCGGCGGUCCAGAUGGUCUAACACUCUACUCCCUUCCCAAUCUCGACUCCUCUGCACCCUCUUCUCCGAUCGUCGUCCCCUCCUCAAACGGUUACAUAGCCCAAGGCUGCUUCAGCGAAAAAUCGCAAGGCCGAGCCCUGUCCGAAAUGUUCCUGACCUCCAACAUGACCAUUCCCGUCUGCGCCGCCGAAGCCAAAAAGCAAAAUUCAACCUGGUUCGGCCUCGAGUACGCCGACGAAUGCUUCCACGGCAAAACAUUCGAUUCCACUCCUUUGAACCAAACAAAAUGCGACAUGACCUGUCCCGGUAAUAGCACAACCUGGUGCGGAGGUGCGGCGGCAUUACAAAUGUAUCGUCUACCGCUGGAAUGUCCGACAGACAACAGCACCAUGUGGAACUCAUACAAUGGGACCGCGAAAUUUGAGAUUCAGUGUGGUAUGGAUCGCGCUGGAGGGUCGGCGGGAAGGUGGGAGGCGAGGACGUUUGAGGAUUGUUUGAAUGCUUGUGCGAUGGAGAGUACGUGUAAGAGCGUGGCGUAUAGAGGAAAUGAUUGUUACUGGAAGAAUACAUUGGGGACGAUUGGGUCUGAUGCUGGGGUGAGAGGAGCGACGGUUGUGGAGAGGAGGGAGAGACUCUCGAAGGUCUAG